UUCCGAGGUGCUACUCUAAACAUUUGUUUUCUGGCACAAAAGUAGAAUUGCACACGUUUGUUGACGCAAGCGAAUAUGCUUACGCUGCAGUCUGUUACCUGAGGGUCCUUCGAGGAGAUCUCGUCGAUUUGUCGUUGGUGGCCGCGAAAAGCAAAGUCGCUCCACUUAAACCGGUUUCUAUUCCGCGCAUGGAAUUGCAAGCUGCUGUGAUGGGCUUGCGUUUAGCUCAGAGAAUUAUAAACGUUCGUAGACUAAAAAUACAAAACGUGACAUAUUGGUCAGAUUCGAGAACCGUUUUGCAGUGGUUGAAGAUAGAUCCGCGCAAUUUUCAGCAAUUCGUCAUGCAUCGUGUCGGAGAGAUCCUUGAGAACUCAGACAGCAAACAAUGGCGAUGGGUCCCGACAAAAUUAAACGUGGCGGACGCAGCAACCAAGGUGAACAGUUCGGUGGAAAUCAAUGAGUGGCUGCACGGUCCCGAUUUCCUGUUUAUGAAAAGCUCCGACUGGCCCGUGUUCGAGUGCAAAGCUGAUGACGUUGAUACGACCGAGUUGCGCAAACAUAUAUACGUGAUGAGGAAAACUCCAGCCAUCACCCUCAACGUGGAAUACUUUUCCGAUUGGCGUCGCCUGUACAGAGCGGUCGCGACAUUUGUUUUAUACAUAGCUAAGCUAAAGGCUAGAGUACACGGCUACAGCAAGCCGAACAAGAUUACACCCGAGAUGAUCCGCGCAGCAGAGAAUAUUCUCAUCAAGCAGGCGCAGUUUGAAACAUAUUCUUCCGAGGUCAAUUCGUUACACGCUGGGCAAUCACUGGGUAAACAAAGCAGAUUAUCUGGGCUAAAUGCUUACCUAGAUGAUCAUGGAAUUUUGCGCAUCCAAGGAAGAGCCAGUUCUAUCGACUGCCACAUGGACGCCAUUGUAAUGCCGCGAGAGAACCAUACGACGUUUCUCAUCGUAAGGGCCCAUCACGAAAACUUUCACCAUAUGGCUCACGAGACCGUCAUAAACAACGUGAGAAGUUCCUACUACAUACCACGUCUUCGGGUAUUGUACAAAGCGGUGCGACACUCCUGUCAGAAGUGCAAAAUUCACUCAGCGGUACCUACACCUCCACAGAUGGCACCGAUACCUGCUGCAAGACUGGCCAGCUUCGCCAAGCCGUUCACUUAUACCGGCGUAGACUAUUUCGGCCCGAUAUUUGUGAAUGUUGGCAGACACAAAGAGAAGAGAUGGGUCGUGCUUUUCACGUGCUUGACUCUCCGUGCAGUACAUUUUGAGAUAGCCUACAGCCUGGACACUAGUUCUUGCAUCAUGUGCCUACGUAAUUUUAUGGCAAGACGAGGCACUCCGAGGGAAAUUUAUUCCGACAAUGGCACGAAUUUUAAAGCAACAGAAAAGCUAGUUCGUGAAAAGCUCAUCGAAAUCGACUUCGACAAAAUUUCCGUUAAAUACGACCGUAUAAUAUGGCGCUUUAAUCCACCUAGUGCCCCACACAUGGGAGGAGUGUGGGAGCGUCUCGUCCGGUCAGCGAAAACCACAUUACGAAGCAUCUGUCCCUCAUAUUCAUUCAACGAUGAAGGUCUACGUUGCGCAUUGAUGGAAGCCGAAUUCAUCAUAAAUUCACGCCCACUUACCUUUGUGAGCCUCGAAUCGAUUGACGACACUGCAUUAACCCCCAACCAUUUACUACUCGGCUCGGCGGAUGGGUAUAAGCCUGCUUGCAGUAACGACAUGGACGUCAGGCAGCGUUGGCGUCGAGUGCAACUAUUCGGAGAUUCCUUUUGGCAGCGUUGGGUAAAGGAAUAUACGCCAGUGCUCACGAAACGAAAUAAAUGGUUCCAGAAAUCAACACCUCUGGCUGUUGACGAUAUUGUAAUCGUCGUAGAUGAAAACCUGCCACGAAAUCUGUGGCCCAAAGGUCGAGUAAUCAGCACAGUGAUAGCGAAGGAUGGUCAAGUUAGACGAGUAACCAUAAAGACAAAUCUAGGAGUAAUGGAGAGACCGGCGACGAAGGUAGCUAAGCUGGAUGUCGGCUCAGAAGAUGGUAAAUAACCCGGUGGUCAUUUACGAAGGGGGGGAUGUUGCCGUCGAAACCAGCCCUAAUGCUUCAAUCAUAAAUGCGACCU